ACGGUAUAAAAGAAGCAAGAGCUGAGAAAAGCCUCUAGUCUGCUACAGGCUCAGGUUGCUAUCUACCCGGUGUGGGCAGGUAUCCACACGCGUGUGGGUGCAGGAUAAAGGUUCACCAUGUGUGACGACGAAUCAUGUCCCCUGGUUGUGGACAAUGGCUCCGGCAUGGUCAAGGCUGGCUUCGCCGGUGAUGACGCUCCCCGGUCUGUCUUCCCCUCCAUCGUCGGCCGUCCUCGUCACCAGGGUGUGAUGGUCGGUAUGGGUCAGAAGGACGCCUACGUCGGUGACGAGGCCCAGAGCAAGCGAGGUAUCCUCACUUUGAAAUAUCCUGUAGAACACGGCAUCAUCACCAACUGGGACGACAUGGAGAAGAUCUGGCAUCACACUUUCUACAACGAACUGCGUGUUGCCCCUGAGGAGUCCCCUGUCCUCCUCACUGAGGCCCCCAUGAACCCCAAGGUUAAUAGAGAAAAGAUGGUUCAAAUUAUGUUUGAAACCUUCGGAGUCCCAACUACGUAUGUCGCCAUUCAAGCGGUGUUGUCUCUCUACGCCUCUGGUCGUACCACUGGCAUUGUCCUUGACUCUGGAGACGGAGUGACUCACUGUGUACCCAUCUUUGAAGGGUUCGCUCUGACACACGCCAUCUCUCGUCUUGACAUUGCUGGUCGUGAUCUUACAAAUUACCUUAUGAAGAUUCUUACUGAACGAGGUUAUUCCUUCACCACCAGUGCUGAACGUGAGAUCGUACGAGACGUUAAGGAGAAGUUAUGUUACGUGGCUCUUGAUUUUGAUGAUGAGAUGGGCCAAGCUGCCAUUUCGUCUUCACUGGAAAAAUCUUAUGAACUCCCCGACGGUCAAAUUAUUACCAUUGGCAACGAACGUUUCCGUGCACCUGAACCCCUCUUCGUCCCAUCACUAAUCGGUAUGGAGGCAAUUGGAAUCCACGAGUUUGUUUACAAUUCUAUCAUGAAGUGCGAUAUUGACAUCAGAAAGGAUCUUUACUCUAACGAAGUCUUGUCUGGUGGUACCACCAUGUACCCUGGUAUUGCUGACCGCAUGCAGAAGGAACUAACUUCUCUGGCUCCCUCUUCCAUCAAGAUCAAGAUCAUUGCUCCUCCCGAGCGUAAGUACUCCGUCUGGAUUGGUGGCUCCAUCCUGGCCUCUCUGUCCACCUUCCAGACCAUGUGGAUCACCAAGGAGGAGUACGACGACUCCGGUCCAGGCAUCGUCCACCGCAAGUGCUUCUAAUUUCCAUUAUAAUAAUACUUGUUAUCGAUAUAUCCCACAGGCGUCACUGUAUCAUACUCAAAAUGUCCGUAUGAUACAGUGUAGUCCUUGGGAAUUUCUCUACACAGGCUCUCAGGGCUCAGUGUGGCUCACGACUCUCCCGCACACGCUCCCAUGGCACAAUGUUGGUGAAGAAUAUGGACAACCAUUAAAAGAUUAAUUGUUGAGUUUAAGGCAACUAGAUAGUUAUACUUUCCUCUCCUCAGUAUCAUGGUAAAACUUUUCACAACAUGGAGCUGCCGAGCGGUGCUGUGGAGAGUUCAGAUGUUUUAUUUUUUGUGAUCCAAUUAUCAUUUAUAUUUACUUAAGGUACAAUAAAUGGGUAGCGCUCCCUAUACUUUUCCCUGUGGUUCUAGAGCUGAUAUCAAUAAACGUUAUUUUCGUGAA